AUGUAUACCGUCUUGAUCCACCUGUCAGCACCAGCUCCGAUUUCGCCAAGGCCUCAGGUCCUUGUGUCGCUCGGGCGCUCGCGGCGCUGGGUGGAGGCUCUGACCGAAUUGGAGCGCGCGCUCUCCUCCACCGAGAAGGCGAAGGCGGGGCAGACGCGCACAGCCUGUGUCAAUGCAGCGCUCACUGCCUGCCGCCUCGGAUCAGCGUGGCAGGUGGCCCUAGAAGCUCUGCGGAAACUGCUUCGUGGAGGAGGAUCGACACCGAGCCCUGACCACAUCACAUUUGCCACCUGCAUACUCGUCCGCGCUGCCUGGGACGUCAGGCAAAACUCGGCAGGCCAAAAUGCCGGCGGAAACGACCGGGUUGCCAGGUCGCUGGAAUCUGGCCUUCGUGCUGAUGGAGGUUGGUUGGCCAUGAGAUCGCAUCGAAUUCCCUUGACGACCGGGGUCUUCAAUGCUGCUCUCAUUUGCCUACAACGUUCGCAGCAAUGGCAGGCUUCGCUGCAGCUUCUCGAAGGUAUGGAUGACCAUGCUGGACUCCUGCUGAGAUCAAGCUUGCGCGUGAACUCAGUGCUGGCUUCCUGCGGCGCGACGGCAACCAAUUGGCUUCUGGUCCUCGCGCUGCUCAACGAGGCGCGCACUCGCUAUGACAUCGGUCCACUGUCCACUGUUAGCUACAAUACGACAAUGGCCGCGUGCGGACGAGCUUUGCUUUGGCAAGCCAGCUUGUCCCUCCUGGAGGAGCUCCGCUCUCGGGUGGCCUUCAGCUCGGCCGCACGAGGACUCUCGCGGCCGCUGGAGCACAAAGGGGCUCCGGUGCUUCUGCUGGACGACAAUGAGCGGCCACUUCCACCUGGCGAAGGCCUUGCCAGCCUUGCCGCCGUCCUUGGUUGCCUUCUGCCGGGUUGCAACGCAGUUCUUUCGGGCUGCGAAAGAGCUUCCCUGUGGCUCAAGGCCCUCAAUCUCCUCGCAGCCAUGAGCCUUGACAAGGACUGGCCGCGCCCGGAUGUCGUCAGCUACAAUUCCUGCAUCAGCGCAUGCGAGAAGGCCACGAGUUGGACAUGGGCCGUGCAUCUUCUCGCUUCGCUUUCCUCGGAUCUUGGACGACCUCCGGAUGCAAUCAGCCUGAACGGCACUGCGCUGGCUUUGACCAGGGCAACGCGAUGGCCAGCGGCGGUGGAGCUACUUUGCCUAGCCCAGAAGUUGGGCUCCAUUCGGCUGAAUGCUGUCAGCAGCCUGGUGCUGGUCACUGCUUGUGGCCAGGGUGGCCUGUGGGAACGCGCGCUCUCUGAGCUUUGUGUGCAGUGGCAUCGGCUGAGCGACGACCCUAUCACGCAGCGGAACGUGUACAACGCGACAAUGAGUGCCUUCGAGCAGUCCCGCCGAUGGGCACAGGCCCUUGAUCUGUUGCAAAAGGGCUGGAGCAAGUCGAUGGUGUUGGACCAGGUUGCCGUCAACACCGCUGCAAGCGCGUGUGCGCUGCGCUGGGAAGUGGCGCUGGAAGUUCUAGGAACUUACAGGCUCUCUUCAGCUUCGGAUCCAGAAGGUGCAGCAGGUCUCAGCUCUGUGGGUGUUGGCUGUGCUGGCGCGGGAGCCUGGGUGUGGGCCGUCCGCUUGCUCGUUCGAGCAAGCCAGCAAGAAGGAUGGUGGUCGAAGAAUGCAGCCGCCCACAUUGGUGGCCUUGCUGUGGUCCUGUUGGGGGCAGUCCGGGCAUGUGAGAACUACUUGCAGGCGCCGACGCUGCAUCGCUUGCUGCGCCAGCCGACAAACGCUCUCAGCGGGGUUCGGCUCCUGCUGUGGGACCUGGUGAGCCCUUUGCAAGGCUUGAAAGACGAAGGGCUUCGGGCAGAGCUAUCAGAGAUGUUCCACAGGCAUCAGCUGAGCGAUGAGGGCCAGGCGGCAGCGCCGGCUCGCCGAAGGCUCCAGUCCGCAGCGACCACCGCUUUGCACGGCCUCCGCGACUCUGCCGGCUUCUGGCUGCAGAACGAGCUCGAGCGGCAAUUCUUGCCUGGAUCUCUGACAAGAAACCUGAUGCAAGGACUUGCGCUGACCUCCAGGCGUGGUAGCUGGUCUCAGAUGUCCUCGUCCUCUGCAUGCACAGAAAAGACCUGUGUUGGGCACACGUCGGGCAUACGCCGAGCACCAGGUUGUGCGGCGAACCCCCUUUCCGCAAUCAAACAGUGA